CUGCCAUCUUCCCUUUAUCGCAGCUCCUGCCCGUGUCCAACGUGUUCCAGUCAGCUUCAGGGUUCAGGGUACCUCCCAGAUCACGUGCAGACGCCGGCACCCCACAACAGCCACCCUCAGCCAGCCCCCGAAGCAGCUGUGUUGUGCAGCCAAUAGGCGCCGUGCAAGCUCCAAGCACACUGGCCUGGAGCUCUGGCUGGGUCCCCCCAGUUCUGGACACAUUGUCGCAACCCACAAUUUUUGAAGCCAGAUCAGCUGCGGCCACGCUGCGGCAACCACUCAGUCCCGUUGCUGCUGUGUGCACUUGACGCCUCCUCCUCCUGCUUCUUUGCCUCUUCGACUCUCUCCUCUGUACAUCACCAGACGGACAGCCUGCGCGACGCCAACACACAGUCCGCUCCUGGGCUCCCUCGUCGCUCUCCCCAUUUGUCCCGUCUUCUCCUCCUUUCUCUUCUUUCUGGUCAAUUCAAAUCAUCGUCACAAUGAGCAGCCUCCGGUUUCUCGACCUCGUCAAGCCCUUCGUGGCCUUCCUGCCCGAGGUGCAGGCUCCCGAGUCCAAGGUCCCUUUCAACCAGAAGCUCAUGUGGACGUCCCUGACGCUCCUCAUCUUCCUGGUCAUGAGCCAGAUGCCGCUCUACGGCAUUGUCUCAUCCGACACCUCCGACCCGCUCUACUGGCUGCGCAUGAUGAUGGCCAGUAACCGUGGCACGCUGAUGGAGCUUGGUAUCACCCCCAUCGUCUCGUCCGGCAUGGUCUUCCAGCUCCUCGCUGGCACCCACAUGAUCGACGUCAACCUCGACCUCAAGUCCGACCGUGAGCUCUACCAGACUGCUCAGAAGCUCCUGGCCUUCAUCCUCUCCUGCGGCACUGCCACCGUCUACGUCUUCUCCGGCCUCUACGGCCCUCCCUCUGACCUCGGUGCUGGUAUCGUCUUUCUCCUCAUCCUGCAGCUCGUCGUUGCUGGCAUGAUUGUCAUCCUCCUCGACGAGCUUCUCCAGAAGGGCUACGGUCUUGGCAGUGGUAUCUCGCUCUUCAUCGCCACCAACAUCUGCGAGUCCAUCAUGUGGAAGGCUUUCUCGCCCACCUCGAUCAACACUGGCCGUGGCCCCGAGUUCGAGGGUGCCGUCAUUGCCCUCUUCCACCUGCUCAUGACCUGGCCCAACAAGCAGCGUGCUCUCCAGGAGGCUUUCUACAGACAGAACCUCCCCAACAUCAUGAACCUGCUCGCCACCCUCGCCAUCUUCGCCGCCGUCAUCUACCUCCAGGGCUUCCGCGUCGAGAUCCCCGUCAAGUCGUCCCGCCAGCGUGGUGCUCGUGGCUCGUACCCCGUCCGCCUCUUCUACACCUCCAACAUGCCCAUCAUGUUGCAGUCUGCUCUCUCGUCCAACAUCUUCCUCAUCAGCCAGAUGCUCUACUCGCGCUUCUCCGAGAACCUCCUCGUCUCCAUGUUCGGUGUCUGGGAGGCCAAGGAGGGCUCUGCCCAGCUGUCGCCCGUCUCCGGUCUCGUCUACUACAUGUCUCCUCCUCUUAACAUGAAGGAUGCUCUGCUCGACCCGGUCCACACCGUCAUCUACAUUGCCUACAUGCUCACUGCCUGCGCCGUCUUCUCCAAAACCUGGAUUGAGGUCUCUGGCUCCAGCCCCCGCGAUGUCGCCAAGCAGCUCAAGGACCAGGGCCUCGUCAUGGCUGGCCACCGCGACCAGAGCAUGUACCGCGAGCUGAAGCGCAUCAUCCCCACCGCCGCCGCCUUUGGUGGUGCUUGCAUUGGUGCUCUUUCCGUUGCCAGUGACCUCAUGGGCGCUCUCGGCUCUGGCACUGGUACCCUUCUUGCUGUCACCAUCAUCUAUGGUUACUUCGAGAUUGCUGCCAAGGAGGGUGACCUCGCUGGCAUGAAGGGCAUGAUCAUGGGCUAAGCUCGUGAGCCGCUCUGAAGCCCUCGAAAUCCCCGCGCCCUCGGGCCCCCGGACGUUUUCAACGACCGCGCCACAUGUAGGAGUAUGACUGGGAGUACAAAGGAGACACAAAAGUUAUCUUUGCUGGUUUUGGCGGACGUCGAACGGCGGGCGUUUGGGUAGAGUAGCUGCGGUAAUCCACACGACAAACUCCUUGACGGAGCUGUGUCCAGUGGAGUGUAUCUAUCACAGAUAUGUAGUCAAAAUAUAUGUGUCCGUUCAAGGCA